AUGCUCGAUGAACGUAUUCAAGCUCUACCAAAUGAGCUGCAAACGAGGAUUUUCUCCUGUCUUGCUGCUCUCUUUGACAACAGCCUUCAUUUCCGAGUCGUGAACCAAUCGACCUAUUCUGGGGCACAUCCUAGGCUGGUGGAGCUGAAGCGAUUCGCCGAGGGCCGGUCUUGUUUUGCUUAUCGACUUUAUCACUGGAAAAAGCGCGACGAUGGAGCUGAAGAUGGAGCCCGAUCUAUGUGGAAAGCCUCUACGGACGAUGCGUUCUUCCGCGGAGUUGUGACCGCGGAAUGGCAAUCUAGCGUACGAAGUUCGCACAAUGCUGUGAAGCUUGAUGGACUUGGCGCCAACGAACGACUGGCAUUAUGGACAUAUGAGUUUGACUCAAGUGCUCCAAAUGGAAGAAGGUACAGCGUACAAAGAAAACAGAUCUCGAGUCACAUACAGGUGCUUAAGGCUGGAUUAAAGGAUGUCGAGAGAUGCGUCUGCAAUACUUUGCAUUCAUUGGCCUCUGCUCUUGGAACUUUGCCUCGGGAAAUAUCGUCAAGAGAGGUCGACGAUGAGAUUCACUUCAUCGUCGAGGCUCUAUAUGAUCUUAUGUCUGAUCUUGCGUCAAAAAAUCUGGAUUUAGGGCAUUACUUGGAAAAUCAUGUAUCUUCGUUGACUCCAUGGCUAGAGAUCAAAACUAGCAGCCGAGACCUCAAGGAGGGAAACGGCAGCGAUAGAAGCAAGGAUAUAUCGGUAUUGAUAGAACGAUUGGAAACUCUAGUCUUGAAACGAACCUCUGGUCAGCCUAAAUUUGAAAGCCUCAUGGGAGAGCUCAAGAAUUGUGGUGAUUGGCGCAACACCAUCAUGCCUAGCCGAAUCCCAGCUGAGUCUCGCAGAGUCAUGCCAGAACUUCAAUCACUAUCGAACAAGCUCGCCGACCCAAGCCAUGGCAUUUUCCUCCAGAGCCAGAGCUUCAAGAACAGACUUCAGGUCAGCUGCUGCCCAGACACCCACCCGCACGGGACUCGUUGCCCCAAAUGCGGGACACAAGUCAUUGCUGGACUCAUUCUAGAUUUCGGCGAAGAUCUUGAGGCUCUCAUAAAGCUUGGUUCUAUCAUGAAAAGCAUACCUGGUCACUUACGGAUCUGCCAAGCCACGUACAACUACAGCCAAAAGAUCUCUGGCACUAAUGGGGAAAACGUAGUAGAGGUUUUGAGAGAGAAGUUGCCAGGUCUUGCACUUCUUCAUACAUCGGUAUUACCGCUACAACCAAUAAGGCAAUGGCGUCCUAUUCAGCAAAUGAACUAUCAGAGCGAGGCAAGCUCUCGAUGGACCGAGCAAGAGAUGCGCUACUUGGAGGCCGUUGCAAAGUUGAAGGUGGAAGUUAGGCUUACGUGGCGAUGGUUGAUAGAUGUGGAAUGGUUCGAGCAACAAGCUGGAAGUUGUGGUGAAUGGAAGCAAAUCUGUAAGCCCGAGACUGUAGCCGAUGGAGGAUUUGGAUCGUGGGUGUAUCAAAAUGUUGCAUGA